AUGAAUUUCUAGGAACGAAAUAGAUAAUAAAUAUUUUAAAUAUAUGAGUAAAGGCAACUAAACAGAAGCUCAAAAAGAAAAAAAAACAAAAAAGAUUUAGAUCAAGACACAACUGAAAUUCCAAUUAAAAAGAAAGUUAAAACAGAGUAGAACGCCACUAUAAAAGCCCUUUUGGUGAUAUUUUCUCCUCUGAUGAUGACUUUAGUGGCAGCAGUGAUAUUUUAAAUGGAAUCAGAACAAAAUUGA